CCACUAUAUUUAGGCUCGUAACUCCUCCUGCACUAAUCCCUAGCUCGCUCUUUUCUUCAUCCUAGCCGCAACACUCUUCUUUCUGCGAAUAUCGCUGAGAUUUAUUUGACAAGCAGUCAUGGGUAAAGAGAAGUUUCACAUCAACAUCGUGGUCAUUGGUCAUGUCGACUCCGGAAAGUCAACCACCACUGGUCACUUGAUCUACAAGCUCGGUGGUAUUGACAAGCGUGUGAUUGAGAGGUUCGAGAAGGAAGCUGCUGAGAUGAACAAGAGGUCAUUCAAGUACGCGUGGGUGCUGGACAAACUUAAGGCCGAGCGUGAGCGUGGUAUCACCAUUGACAUUGCUCUCUGGAAAUUCGAGACCACCAAGUACUACUGCACAGUCAUUGACGCACCUGGACAUCGUGAUUUCAUCAAGAACAUGAUUACUGGUACCUCCCAGGCUGAUUGUGCCGUCUUGAUCAUUGACUCCACCACUGGUGGUUUCGAGGCUGGUAUCUCCAAGGAUGGUCAGACCCGUGAGCACGCUCUUCUUGCUUUCACACUCGGUGUCAAGCAGAUGAUUUGCUGCUGUAACAAGAUGGAUGCCACUACCCCCAAAUACUCCAAGGGCAGGUACGAGGAAAUUGUCAAGGAGGUGUCCUCCUACCUGAAGAAGGUUGGGUACAACCCUGACAAAAUCCCAUUCGUCCCCAUCUCUGGGUUCGAGGGAGACAACAUGAUUGAGAGGUCCACCAACCUUGACUGGUACAAGGGACCAACCCUUCUUGAGGCUCUUGACCAGAUCAACGAGCCCAAGAGGCCAUCAGACAAGCCCCUCCGUCUCCCACUCCAGGAUGUGUACAAGAUUGGUGGUAUUGGAACGGUGCCAGUGGGUCGUGUUGAGACCGGUAUGCUCAAGCCCGGUAUGGUUGUGACCUUUGCUCCCUCUGGUCUGACCACUGAGGUCAAGUCUGUUGAGAUGCACCACGAGUCCCUUUUGGAGGCUCUGCCAGGUGACAACGUUGGGUUCAAUGUGAAGAAUGUUGCUGUGAAGGAUUUGAAGCGUGGUUACGUUGCCUCCAACUCAAAGGACGACCCUGCCAAGGGAGCAGCCAACUUCACCUCCCAGGUCAUCAUCAUGAACCACCCUGGUCAGAUUGGUAACGGUUACGCCCCGGUGCUCGACUGUCACACCUCUCACAUUGCUGUCAAGUUCUCUGAGAUCUUGACCAAGAUUGACAGGCGUUCUGGUAAGGAGCUCGAGAAGGAGCCCAAGUUCUUGAAGAAUGGUGACGCCGGUAUGGUGAAGAUGACUCCGACCAAGCCCAUGGUGGUGGAGACCUUCUCUGAGUACCCACCUCUUGGACGUUUUGCUGUGAGGGACAUGAGGCAGACUGUUGCAGUCGGUGUCAUCAAGAGCGUUGACAAGAAGGACCCAACCGGUGCCAAGGUGACCAAGGCUGCCGUCAAGAAGGGUGCAAAAUGAACUACCAUCAGCAAAACUCAAUCAACCGCAGAUGAAUCAAAGAACAAUGUUACUUUUUUUACUUUAGUUUGUUAUUUUGUCGCUUGUCUGUGUAGAAGUUUCCUUUUGCCUCCGUCAAAGCUCGGUUCUCGGAAUUGGGUUCUUGACCGGAGGUGGCGGAGCUUCUUUCCACUCAAGCUUCCUGUUUUUGGCUUUUCUUUUGCUUGCGAGUUCUGAACUAUUUUUGGAGAUUCUCUUAUUAUGAAUUUGGUGAUAUUCCUGCGGUUAUUGUCU